AUGAUGAACAAGGUAUGUAAAUUUUUGGAUAAUAUGGUUUACGAGUUUAACGACUUGCAGAGGAAAGGCAUAUUUACAGAAAAUGAAAUAAGAGCAAUUGCAAAUAAAAGAAGACAUCACGAAUACUCAAUUGUUGGUACCUCUUCUUUAUUAAUUAACUUCAUUUUAUAUUUAGAAUUUGAGAUGAACCUAGAAAGUUUAAGGGAAAAGAGAAAGUCAGAAAAAAAAGAUCAACUAACAGAGGAAAUUCAAGAGUAUAAUAUACUGAUAAAAAGUCACCAUUGUGAGUACAUUAAUUUAAAAAAAGAAAUGAAAAAGGAAAAAUGUGCCAAGAAAUGGAAAAAUAUAAAAAAGUCAUUACAUAAAAUUGAAAAUGAUAUUAAACAUUAUAAAAAUUGCAUCUUAAAAAUUGAAAAGAAACUAGAAAAAUUAUUACAAUAUAGUUUAUCAGAUAACUCUUUAUCAAAAAGGAUAAUUAAAAUUUUUCAAUCAUGUUUAAAAAAACAUUAUAAUAAUAUUCUAGUAUGGUUACAUUAUUUUAACUUUUGCUUUAUAAAGCACAAAAAAGAUGAAUUAGAAAAUGCUAUAUUGCAUAGUCUAAAAUAUCAUAUGAAGAAUGAAUUAAUAUGGUUAUUUUACCUUUACUAUUUUUAUACUAUACGAAAAAAUAUACUUUAUACAAGGAAGUUGUAUGCAAGGGCUAUCUUAUUUGUACCUAGUAGCCUUUGUCUAAACAUACUAUAUUUUAAUAUAGAAUUUGAUAUACUUUUUAAAUUAUUAGAAAACUUUAGGCAGAAAGAAGAUAAUUCGAAUAACAAGUUUGGGAAAUUUAAUGAAUUUUGUAGAAAUGAGAGGAAAAGAGAAGCAGGAAAUGAUGAAACUGUUGGAAGGACGAAUAAGGACCUUCUAAAAAUAAACAUCGAUGAAAAUAACGACGCGAAUGAGCAUAUAGACAAGGAAAGCAAUGAGGACGAAUCUACUACUAUUAAAGACGAAGAAAAAUAUGGCCUAGACGUAGUAAUAUUUUUAGCAAAAAGAUACCUUAAAACUUUUCAGAAAGAUAAAAGCAAUUUAUAUAUUUUCAUAGUUAUACUUUUAAAUGUGUAUUUAAAAAUGGAAAAAAAUAAAUGGAUCAAUAAUUACAUUCUUCAGUAUCAAGAUUUUAAAAAUUUAGUUUUUGAUUCAAUAGAAAUGUAUAAACUUGAGCAACCAUGUUUUUAUUACUAUUUAUUCAUUAAUAAAUGUGUGCGUAAGGGAAAUUUAGACUUUUAUCAAGAUAACGAUUUUCUCUUUUUAAAAAAUAAUUACUACACCAAUUACAGUAAUAAUUUUUUUAAAAAUUGCUCUAAAAACAAUAUUCUUCACACAUAUUUCAACGCAACUGAAAUAAACAGUUUACUGCUUGAUCUGUUUAACUCCCUUAAUAAUGACCUUAUGAUAUAUUUAUUUUGCUUACUACUUACGAACAUAUUUUAUACGUUCAAUGAUUAUAACAACAUUUCCGACGUUUUUAAAAUAGACGUUUCUAAUAGUGUAAAAUUACCCCAUGAGGAGAACUCCGUGGCUAAAUUGACAGAUAUUACACUUGAUGAAAUAGAACAGGAUAAACAAAAAGAACAAAGCAAUGAAUGCAAAAGCAAUAAGAAUAUACUGUUUUAUAUGAACGAUCCCGUAUUAACAAGUCAUGAGAAAUUAAAAAUUUUUCAAUUUUUAAAGGAUGAAAUAUUUUUGUGUGGUAAUUAUAAAUUUGAUAGAAUUAAUACAGAAUAUAUAAAAGAAAGAGACGCAGGUACUUAUCAUUUUUUACAUAAGCUAAAUUUUUUUGCGUGUGUAUGUUUAUUUGAAAACAGGCAUUCUCAAGUAAGUAAAAAUAAUCUCAUUUACGAUGUUGACGAAAUUGGUAGAAACUGUGAUAUUCUCUCAUCAAUGCUUUACUUUUCCUUAUUUAACAAGAAAAACCUCGAAAUGAGUAAGAUGAAAAAGAAGCGACCUCACGUAGUUGAUCAAAUUCUUAUAACACAACAUUGUCAAAACAAAAAACGGAAAAUGACACCCACUCUCCUGAGGAAGGAACACAACGAACUAAACAAUAAGGUAAUGAACUCUCAUCUUAAAAUGAAGGCAGCCAAUUGUAAAAAUGUUUAUGAAAGUGAUAGCGAUAAUAUGAGUAUAAGUGAAAGUGAAAGUGGGGGUGAAAAUGAAAGCGGAGGUGAAAGUGAAAGCGGAGGUGAAAGUGAAAACGGAGGUGAAAGUGAAAGCGGAGGUGAAAGUGAAAGCGAAGAUAGAAGCGAAUGUAAAAACCAAUGUAGUGGCGCAAGUGGAAGCGAAAGUAAAAGCAAAGAUGAAAAUGAAAGUGAAAUCCAAAGUGCAGUUGAAAGUGGUAGCGAAGGAGAUAAUCAAAGGAGAAAACUGAAUGAGGAGGACAAAAGUACCGAAGGAAAAAUGGAACUGAGUGGAAAUAAAACGAAUUUUUUAAAAGAAAACAAAGUACCCGAAAAAGAAGUUUUUAUUAUCGAUGAAUUGCUUUUGUUACUUAGUAAAGAAAUUGAAACAUUUGUAAAAAUAGCCAUUUUAAAGUGUAUCUUAAACUUAAUUAUAUUUUUAAAUAAUGAGGACAUAAAACACUACUUAACUAGGGCAGUCGCAGAAGAGUAUGAAAAAAUAAGGAAAAAACCACUAAACAGCUUGACAAAAAAUGAAGUAAAUAAUUUAAUCCAUUUGUAUAAAAAAGUGUAUAAUGAUGAACUUAAAGCAAUAUAA